AUGAAGGUGGUGUUGGGAAAUUCUCCCAUGGAAAACAUGCAACUGUCAUCGCCCAACAAGAGAGGGUAUUUGAAGAACAUGAGUCCCAAUGUUGCACGUAGAACUGUCAAUGUGAACUCAAAUGAAUGGGAUAGACUGUUUGAAAAGGGUGGUUCUGUGUUGAAUAAGCUGUUUGAUAAAGUUGCAAAUAAUGUUGUUUUGAAUACAUCUGGUAAUACCGGAGGAAUUGGUAAUAAUGGGGUUACAGCAAGAAAGUUUGAGAGACCUACUCUUAGCAAAGAAUUAAACUCAAAGACCUUUUUCCCACCAACUAAUCCUAGAUCUGCAUCGACUACUCUGGUUCUUUUGAACAAGUCACCUCCUUCUUUUAAAAGCAAACUUAGAAGAACAAACUCCUUAAUUUCUCAAGGUGGUUCAUCAUCAUCAUCUGAUAAUCAACAACAAUCAUCAACCACAUCUUCAGAUCGAUUCAUUCCUUCACGUCAUAACUCAAUUACCGGGAAACUUCAAACUAAUAAUUCAAUUCCACAUCCAAAUGCAUCACCACAAGCACAUAUUAAGGCACAAACUUCUAAAAUAUAUCAACAUCAUGUUGCCGAAGCUUGUGGACUUGAAGUUAAUUCCCGUAUUUUACAAUUCCAACCUCUUCCACCUGAAAGAAAAAGACCAGUGAAUUUAUUUGGUCAUAUUUCAAGUGGAGCAAAUUCAAGAACACUUUUGAAUUUAAAGCUGCUUAGACCAGCUGCCGCCAGUGCGCGAGCUAAAAAGAUUCCAACUGCUCCUGAAAGAGUGCUUGAUGCACCAGGACUUGUGGAUGAUUUUUAUCUUAAUCUCCUUGCAUGGUCUAGUACCAAUUUGCUUGCCAUUGGAUUGGAAGACGCUGUUUACGUAUGGAACGCUUCCACUGGAAGUGUUGGACUUUUAUGCGAGCUACCAACAUUUGCAACCCUGUUGAAAUGGUCAGAUGAUGGCUCAUACAUAUCUAUUGGUCGUGACGAUGGACUUCUUGAAAUUUGGGACAUUGAAACAAACACAAAACUUCGUACAUUGAAUUGUGAACAUCAAACUCGUAUUGCAUCUCAAGCAUGGCUGCAACAUAUUCUUACCAGUGGAUCCCGAAUUGGGAAUCUUUUCCAUUCUGACGUGAGAGUUGCACAACAUAUAGUUAGUAAAAACACCACUGCUCAUCUGGCAGAAGUUUGUGGAAUCAAUUAUAGACUGGAUGGACAACAAUUUAGCACUGGUGGGAAUGAUAAUUUGGUAUGCGUUUGGGAUAUAAGAAAUUCUCAUUCAAAUUUUGGAGAACCAAUUUUUGCAAAGGCAAACCAUAAGGCUGCAGUUAAGGCUAUGUCUUGGUGUCCAUUCCAACUGUCACUUUUAGCCACUGGAGGUGGAUCCUCCGAUAAGGCUAUUCAUUUCUGGAAUACCAGUACUGGAGCCAGGGUCAACACCAUAGAAACUGGUUCACAAAUUUCAUCAUUAAAUUGGGGAUAUGCUUCAGGUAUUGGUAUGGAAAUUGUUGCAACUCAUGGGUUCCCAACAAAUAAUAUUUCAAUCUUCAAUUAUCCAACUCUUCAAAAAACAGGAGAAAUUCAAAAUGCUCAUGAUUCAAGAAUUCUUAGUGGAUGUCUUAGUCCAGAUUCAUUAACAUUGGCUACAGUAGCUGGGGAUGAAAACCUUAAGUUUUGGUCGUUGUUUGAUUUGUACAAGACGAAGAGAAGAGGAAGUGAUACGGAAGAAGUAAUGGGCAAUGACGAUAAAAGAAUGAAAAAAAUGAUGAAUAUUAGAUAA